UUCUGUAUAACUCAAACCCACAAUUCCUUCUUCUUCAUUUUCACUCAAUCACAACCAAUAUCCCCUUGAAAAUUUAACACCCAUAAAAAUUAUCAGAUCAUGGGAAAAAUAAAUGGAGCUGGCUCAUUGUUGUCACCUCAAACCUCCAAUGGGUCUGUGUCACUGCUUCAGCAGUUUUAAUAAUUGCAAUAAAUCAUUUCUUGUUCCUCUGUUCAUUUUACAAGCACCGGAAGAGAUUUUUACUUGGAUCAAGGGUGAAAAUGGUGUUUGGGCGGUUUUCUUGGCCCUUGCCUUUAAACUGUUUUACAUCUUUCCAAAAGAACUGGAGUUACCUCUUUAUGCGAUGUUGUUCGUAAUUGCUUCUCCUCAACAAGUGGUUAAAUUGAGAGGAACCCAAACUGGUUCUCUUAUUUCUUUGUUGAUUGCAGGGUUUUUGGCUUUUCAACAUUUCUCAGGGAUCGGGUUUGGAAAUUUGCUGAAAGGGUUUCAGCCAGGUUCUAUUGUUGCUACUGUUGGUGUUAUUGGUAUCACUCUUGCUCCAUUAAUGCUCUUGAUUGGAUCCAAAUUAUGAACGGAUGGAUGAAUCUGUGAUGAAACAGAUUUUAGGAAGAAAAUUGGGACUUUGUGUAAUCUUUUUUAUGUGAUUUUCUUUUUGUAAUACAUGUAUAUUAGGAUUUGUCAUGUUUGUAAUACGGCGAACCAAAUUCUAACUUCCAAAUUUCUAAUGCAUAAUAAAAAUCCAGAUGA